GGGCAGAUGCUCCUCACUGUCAUCUUACUGUCUGAUGCUCCUCUGGCUUUAACGCGCCGCGUGACGUCACAUGGAUGCUACAGGACCGCGCACGCGCAGUACGAAGGGCAUCAGCGCGAGCGAGUGUAGAUCCGGAGAUGGAGAAGUGUGAAUGCUCUAAGACCGCUUCCUGUUCCUGCGGGGAGAACUGCAGGUGCACCAACUGCGCAUGCGCUAAAGACGGGAAAGGCUCAGGAAGCUGCUGUAAGGGUUCGAGCAGCUGCAGUGCUGCAGGUUCUGGAGGUGGUUCUUGUGGUUCUGGAUGUGGUUCUGGUGGUUCCGGCUGUAAGGAGAAGGAGAAGAGCGGCUCGCACUGCUGCAAGUAGCCUGAUGGAGCGCAGCGCCUCCUCCUCUAUAACUCUAACCUAAUAAAAUUAUAAUAAUAAAAUAAUAAUCUCUGG